CAACAGCAGGUCACCACAACACAAGUCGGAGAUAAGACGCAGCAACACCCGGGCUGGAGAGUUUGGCAGAGAGGAGAGAGGAAGGCUACACCACAUCGUCCCAUAUUUUUAGUUACAAUGGCCAGUGGUUUGGGGGGUCAGGUGCUACGGCGCAGCUUCCAGAGGUCGGUGGGUGGCCCCUGGAAUUAUGUGGGAGGUCGCCGGUGUGACCCGACCCAUGCCACUGCCCCCUUCAAAGUGACGGCACCAGCGACAGGCAGGGUGCUGUGCGAGGUGCCAGGGUCGGGGAAGGAGGAGGUGGACAGGGCCGUGAGGAGUGCCAAAGAUGCCCUGCCUGCCUGGAGUAAGCUAAGUGGGCGAGAGCGAGGCCAGAAAUUAAUGGAAGCAUGUCGCAUUAUUAGAGAAAAUUUGGAAGAUAUCUCUAGGCUGGAGGUUCAGGACACGGGCAAGCCGAUCUGGGAGGCUCGUGUGGAUAUUGGGUCCUGUGCGGAUGCCCUCGAAUAUUAUGGUGGUCUGGCCCCUGCGAUUGUAGGCCAGCACAUUCCCCUGAGUGGUGGAUCCUUUGCCAUGGUGCAGCGGCGGCCCCUGGGGGUGGUGGGUGGCAUUGGCGCGUGGAACUUUCCUAUGCAAACCUGUGUGUGGAAGGUGGCACCAGCGCUGGCCUGCGGAAAUACUUUUGUGUACAAGCCGUCACAGUUCACCCCAGUGACGGCCGUGACCCUGGGGGAGGUGCUGACCAGUGCCGGGGUGAUGGACGGGGUGUUCAACGUGGUGCAGGGUGAGGGGGAGGCUGGGGAACACCUGUGCCACCACCCAGACGUGGCCAAGCUGUCCUUUACCGGCUCUGUACCCACUGGCAGCAAGGUGAUGGCGGCAGGGGCGGGGGGCAUCAAGGCAGUCACACUGGAGUUAGGCGGGAAGUCUCCUCUCAUUGUGUUUGAAGACGCCCAGCUGGAGAAUGCUAUCAAGGCGACCCUCGUGGCUAACUUCCUCUCCCAGGGCCAGGUCUGCUCAAAUGGCACCAGAGUUUUUGUCCACCGCUCCAUCGCCAAGACCUUCACUGAGCGCCUUGUGUCAGCCACCAGGGCCCUCAAGAUCGGUGACCCCAUGGCCGAGGACACCACUGUAGGGGCCACCAUCCACGAAGAGCACGCCAGGAAGGUUCUCGGCUACCUUACUUCUGCCAGGGAGGAGGGGGCGGUGGUGGCCUGUGGGGGCGAGCAGGUGGUGCUGCCGGGGGACCUGGAGGGGGGCUGGUACCUCUCUCCUGCCGUGCUGACCAACUGUCACGAUGAUAUGAAGGUGGUGCGGGAGGAGGUGUUUGGCAGUGUAGCGGCCAUAUUGGUGUUUGACUCAGAGGAGGAGGUGGUAAGGAGGGCGAACGACACAUUGUUUGGCCUGGCAGGAGCUGUCUUUACCAGGGACCUGAACCGCGCGCACAGGGUUGCCAACGAGAUAGAGGCAGGCACAGUGUGGAUAAACAACUACAACCUGUACCCCACUGAGGUGCCCUUUGGUGGGUACAAGCACAGCGGCGUGGGCAGGGAGAAUGGAACGACUGUGGUGGAGGCCUUCACCCAGACCCGCACCCUGUAUGUGGAGAUGGGUGAUGUGGAUGCUGGGCCCCUCUAUGUGGAGUAGGUGGGAGCAAGUGGAUUUUUGUCUCUUUCUCUUGUUUUUUUUCAUUUCUUCUCUUUUUCUUUAUUCUCUCUCUUUUUCUCUCCACUUCUCUCCACCCAGACCUGCACCCUGUAUGGGGAGAUGGGUGGUGUGGAUGCUGGGCCCCUCUAUGUGGAAUAGGUGGAGGCAAGUGGAUUUUUGUUUCUUUCUCUUUUUUGUCUCUCUCUCCAUUUCCUUCUCUCUUUUCUCUUUUUAUCUCCAUCCAGACUCGCACCCUGUAUGUGAAGAUGGGUGGUGUGGAUGCUUGACCACUCUGUAUGGAGUAGGUGGAGAAGUGGAUUUCUGUCACAUAAUAUAGGUAAUCUUUGACUUUUUAAAAUUUUGUAGUGGAAGUUUUCAUUUACCUAUAACUAUUCAUUACUUGCAUAAAGGUGAAGGCUGGGCAGGUCACUAAUUAUGCAAGGUGUGGCAUGAGCUUCUGUGGAUACUGGCAGAGGGAAAAGCACAGGCUGUUCUCAGGUGAAAAUGUUCCGUGCACACAAGCAUUCUGAGGCAUUGUGUGGCCGUGGUGUGACAUUCAAGUGUGGCCUGUGACAGACACAAUGGCCGGGCCAGGCGGGUCACUGUGGCCGAGAAACAUAAUGUCCACACACUCCACAUUACUUUGAGUUAUGUAAUACAAUCUGACUGUAUGCAUUGUCACUGUCUUGGAGGGAAAUGUGUGUAUGUGUGUGUGUGUGUGUGUGUGUGUGUGUGUUUAUACCAUGUUUAAUAUUCUUAAUUACAGGGUAUUAGUAUAUUAAGGACUCUCUCUCUCUCUCUCUCUCUCUCUCUCUCUCUCUCUCUCUCUCUCUCUCUCUCUCUCUCUCUCUCUCUCUCUCUCUCUCUCUCUCUCUCUCUCUCUCUCAGUCA